AUGGGAAACAAGCUGAGUUGCUCGUGCGCCCCGUUGAUUCGGAAAGCUUAUCGAUACGAAGACUCUCCUUGGCAGAACACAAAACGAAGAGAUGGCCACUUGCUAAGACUGGUACAACCGGGAACCAGACUAGGUCAGGCUUCCGAAUGCUUUGUUUACUGGAAAGACUCUUCGACUGGCGACACCUGGGGGCUCAACUUCACAUCACCGGUUGACGCCAAACAGUUCAGAGAAUGUUGCUCACCCUCUUUCAAAUUUGCUCGAAAAGCUUCUUCUUCAUAUUCGUUGAAGUUAGAACCUCCGAAGGUAAGAAGCGCAAAAGGAAAAAAGAAACCACAAUCCACACCCAGCUCUCCAUCACGAGGACGGGAACCUCAGUGUACCUGCAUGACAGCAGAAAACCUCCACCGUGCACGAAAUGGUCGCGUCCGAUACACAGGAGGCGCUGCCACUUUACCACGUGCUCAAUCACGAGCCGAGGGGGAGUCGAAAACAACUUAUGAUAGAGGACGUCUCUCAGCACACCCUUCAACGACUUCUGUGUACGACAACGUGGGGUCGUCAUCCUUGAGACGGGGGACAACAACUGCCAGUGUCCAUGGCCAGUCAAAAACCACUAAAGGUGAGGCUAGUCAAAAAUCUUCUCAAGCAAGCGAUUCCCGCCUCACUUCGAACUCUCGCUCGAAUCAAGCGCGAGCUCACUAUGCCCUGUCUUCCCGGAAUGAGCAAACAAAGAGUAUCGACUGUAGCUCAAUCUCUUUAGAACGACAAAGCUCAAAGCAAACAGAAGAAAUACAACCUUCUUCUCGCUCAAAAAGUAAAAGUUCCAAUGACGUCAACCAGCAGGCACAGGGUGGGGAUUUGACUGACCUUAAUCUCGACAGCAAUACUCUCAAACGCAUGCUACACCCUCUGCCAUCUAAACCAUCGGUACACAGUUCCCUUGAUCAAGAUACCCAAACAACAAAGACAGCCAGUACUCGUGGGUCUAGAAAAGAUGAAGGAGAGGAGUCACGUGUGCGCAGCGUGUCAGUUCCCCGUUGUCACAAUAGCAAACCAGUUGUUCGGGACAAAUCCAAUCGUUCUGAAACUGGAAGACGACGUAGUCUUGAACGCACUAUGUGUCUGGAUCUCACAGAUGGGGAACAGUCUCCUCCCUCAGACAACUUUAUUUACGAUAACCUGUGCUAUGCCACAACCCCAAGUUCAAGCAACGAGAACAGUGACGCCCCCUACCUGAGUUCUGACGAAGGAGGUCAAACAUCAGGAAUUCAACAGGAAGCUCCAUCGUCCCCAACCAGUAAACUUCUAAUGGAAUAUGAAACGCAUCUAAGAAAUGCAUUAGCCCGAGGCCUAGAUGCUGAGAGCUACAGCCUGCAGACUUUCGAAGCUCUCUUGUCUCACAGCAUGGAGAAUGUUG